ACUACCGAAAUGUGAAAAACACAUGAACGCACAUAUAUAAAUAAAGAUUUAAAUAUGAGGUCGAAUGGAUAGAUGCAGCAAAAAUGGCCACAGCCAAUAGCUUCCUCUCUCUGCACCCAAUCAGAAGCUCAGUUUUCGUUCCCAAAACUCUUCCAUCCUUGCCAAUUCCCAAAUUCCUGCUUUCCCCAAUCCAUCGACAUCCUGCAUCGCUUCUCCACAGCAAACGUAGCCUACGCUGUAGCAGCACUCCAGUUGUUUCCACAGCCACAACUCACUACGAGUUUCAUGAUGACUCAUCUGAGAUAGAGUUGAGACUGGAACUUGGAGCAGAAAUCCUAAGUCCGGGGGAGAUUUUUGUAGAUGCAAGUGAAAGCUCUCUGGUAAUAAAUGUGCAGUAUCCCGGAUAUCUGAAGACACUUCUGGAUACUAGUUGUCUCUAUGGAACGAUAAAGCCUUCUGAAACAAUAUGGUAUAUUGAUGAUUCUCAACUAAUUGUAAGUCUGAAGAAGCAAGACCCAGAAUUAAAAUGGCCUGACAUCAUGGAAUCGUGGGAAUCCUUAACAAUGGGAGUAGCACAAUUACUUAAAGGGACGUCAGUUUUUUUAGUUGGAGAGUCAACAGAAAUCAACUACAAGAUUGCUCGAGAAUUAGCUGUUGGACUUGGAUAUACGCCCCUUAGCACAGAGGAGCUUCUGGAGCAAUAUACCAAAAAAACCAUCGAUGCAUGGGAGGCUGAAGAGGGUCCUGAUGCUGUUGCAGAAGCAGAAGGCAUUAUAUUAGAAAGUCUGAGCAGCCAAGCCAGAGCAGUUGUUGCAACAUUAGGAGCAAAACGUGGUGCUGCCAGCAGGCCAAAUAAAUGGCAGCAUCUUUUUGCAGGAUUUACUGUAUGGUUGUCUCAAUCUGAAGCAGCAGAUGAAGUGUCAGCCAAAGAAGAAGCUAAGAAGAACUUUCAAGACGACAUUCUAGGGUAUGCUAAUGCUGAAGUGGUAGUGAAGCUCGGAGGUUGGGAUGCAUCCUAUUCCAAAUCCAUAUCCCAGGCUUCGCUGAGUGCUCUCAAGCGCUUGAUUUUGUCAGAUAAAAAUCUGCCAGGUAGAAAAAGUCUGUAUGUAAGACUGGGAUGCCGUGGAGAUUGGCCGGACAUCAAACCACCCGGUUGGGAUCCGUCCAGCGAGGCUGCUGAAGCUGAUGUAUCUGCUCCCCUUCCAUCAUAGCACUUGGAAUAUAUUAAGCAAGAAACAUGUUGUUUCUACUUUAAUUCGGUAAGUUUUGUUGCCCUAUACAUCAGUUCGGUAGAUGGUAGUAAAUAUGGUUUGUCUGUAUUGUUCGUGCCUCGUAUACUGUUAGCACCUCUGGCUCGGUGAAUUUUUCGCAUUUGUUUUUAACAAAUGCAACUUUUUUUGCAACUCUAUAUAUUGUUAAUUCCUCGAAAGCCUUCAUUUCCGAUCAUGUUAUUUGUAGUUGGAUUUGAUUGAAGGCGCCUUCGAGUAUAUGCGGUUAAAAGAUCGAAUUCCGGCUUUGAAGCAAAAUGAGAUUACCUACUAAUGUUUACUUUUA